UUCCCUUAAAUUCUGAUUCACCCUCGGUAGAUUGAUCGAAUUGCGUUUGUGGUACUUGAAAAGUUCUGCAGGAAAUACAAUCCCAACUUAACAGAUCUGUGUUUAUGGGGUAUUUGGAUUCAGUGAUAUCAUCAGCCAACCCAAAUUUACCGCGUAGUGGUGUUUCUCCGGUCACCGGAGUUGGUGUUUGUCAAGAUUCAAGAUUUUGCUACGGUUAUGCGAGCUCCUCUGGAAAGAGAGCUUCAAUGGAGGAUUUUUACGAGACAAGAAUCGACCGUGUGGAUGGAGAGAUGGUUGGCCUCUUUGGUGUCUUUGAUGGUCAUGGGGGUGCUCGAGCUGCAGAAUAUGUCAAACACAAUCUUUUUAGUAAUCUUAUUAAGCAUCCGAAGUUCAUAUCAGAUACCAAAUCGGCCAUAGUCGAUGCAUUCAGUCAUACAGACUCAGAAUUUCUGAAAUCAGAAAAUAAUCAGAUCAAAGAUGCCGGAUCCACAGCUUCCACUGCCAUCCUUGUUGGUAACCGUUUGCUGGUUGCAAACGUUGGAGACUCCCGAGCUGUCAUUUGCAGGGGUGGCAAUGCAUUUGCUGUUUCUCGAGAUCACAAACCAGACCAAACUGAUGAACGACAACGUAUCGAGGAUGCCGGGGGUUUUGUCAUGUGGGCAGGAACUUGGAGAGUUGGAGGUGUUCUUGCUGUUUCUCGUGCAUUUGGUGAUAAACUAUUGAAACAGUUUGUCGUUGCUGAUCCAGAAAUCCAAGAAGAAACCAUCGAUGACUCUCUCGAGUUCCUCAUUUUGGCAAGCGAUGGACUUUGGGACGUUGUCACCAAUGAAGAAGCCGUUGCAAUGGUGAAACCGAUGCAGAGCCCAGAAGAGGCAGCAAAGUCGCUGAUGCAGGAAGCUUCUCAGAGAGGUAGUGCAGAUAACAUCACAAUAGUCGUUGUCCGUUUUUUGGAUAACCAAACGGGAUCAUCUCCCAGUGAUCGACAAAACGCUCAACAUCAGAAAACGUAAGAUUUAUCGAGCUUUUAUAGAUUGCACCAUAGCUGAUCUACCUCAGAGUUGAAGAGAUCUUCGAUUCGAGUCCUUAAUGCUGACCAUAGUUUCAGCUUGUGACUUCCUGUUGCUGCGAUUUACGGUUUCUGAUGGUACGGUGGUUUCAUCUGCUUCAGAGAUGAGAUCUCAACUUGUAAGAAAAAUGCAUCCAAAUAUUUGAUUAAUUGUUUCAUCUGUACGAUUCAGAAGUAUGUGUAUAAUACCUUGAUCAGUUUAUAUUGUUAAUGUG